GGCUCGGAUGUGUACUGAUGCAGAAUGGGAGGGUAAUCGCCUAUGCUUCACGACAAUUGAAGAAGCAUGAGGUGAAUUAUCCUACUCAUGAUUUGGAGCUCGGGGCAGUGGUAUUUGCACUGAAGAUAUGGAGACAUUAUCUCUACGGGGAGACAUGUCACAUAUACACUGAUCACAAGAGCUUGAAGUACGUGUUUACUCAGAAAGAGUUAAACAUGAGACAGAGACGGUGGAUGGAGCUGAUAAAAGACUACCAUCUAGUGAUAGAGUAUCACCCAGGCAAGGCAAACGUGGUGGCAGAUGCUUUGAGCCGGAAGAGCUCGUCUGGGGCAUUGAUAACUAAUUUGAGGGCAUUAAGAGCCCAACUGGAGGUAACCAGCGAUGGUGCCUUAUUGGCACGAUUUGAGGUGAGACCCACUUUACUUGAUGAGAUCAAGAAGGGUCAGGAAGCCGACGAAGAACUUAUGAAGGUCCGGGAACGCAUGCAAGCGGGGCCGGUGGAGGAUUUCAGGGAAAGAGAUGAUGGUCUCUUGUUAUUUCGUGACCGAGUGUGUGUACCGUCAGAUGAUGAGCUCCGAAAGUCCAUCUUAGAGGAGGCUCAUUCAUCGGCUUAUGCCAUGCACCCGGGGGGCACGAAAAUGUACCGUGAUUUGAAGGAAAGUUACUGGUGGUCUGGAAUGAAGAGGGAAAUAGCCGAGUACAUCAGUCGGUGCCUUACUUGUCAACAAGUUAAGGCAGAACAUCAGCACCCAGCAGGCUUAUUGCAACCACUCUCCAUCCCUGAAUGGAAGUAGGAGCACGUGACUAUGGAUUUCGUGGUAGGCUUACCACGGACUAUCAGGAACUAUGACGCGGUUUGGGUCGUUGUGGAUAGGCUCACAAAGAGUGCACACUUCUUGCCUAUCAACACUACCUACCCACUUGAGAGGUUAGCCAAAUUGUAUACGGAUGAGAUCGUGAGGCUGCAUGGGGUCCCGGUGACCAUUGUAUCUGAUAGAGACCCACGAUUCACAUCACGUUUUUGGCCGAAAUUCCAGGAGUCUAUGGGAACGAAGUUGAAGUUCAGCACUGCUUUCCAUCCACAGACGGAUGGGCAGUCUGAAAGGGUUAUACAGAUCCUAGAAGACAUGCUUAGGGCUUGUGCAUUGGAGUUCCAGGGGAGUUGGGACAACCACUUAGCACUUGUGGAGUUUGCCUAUAACAACAGUUAUCAGGCAAGCAUCGGCAUGCCUCCAUACGAGGCAUUGUAUGGGAGGAGGUGCCGUACACCGUUAUGCUGGGACGAGGUUGGCAUGGCCAAACUCGAGGGUACUGAGUUGGUGGAGGUCACCAAAUCAAAGGUGAAGUUAAUUCGAGAGAGACUCAAGGCGGCUCAGGAUAGACAAAAGAGUUAUGCAGAUAAGCGUCGAAGAACCUUAGAGUUUAAGGUUGAUGACGAGGUAUUCUUGAAAGUUUCUCCUUGGAAAGGGAUCAUUCGGUUCCAAACCCGAGGAAAACUUAACCCACGAUAUAUAGGUCCAUUCAGAAUUAUAGAGAGGAUUGGGGCCGUAGCAUAUCGUCUACAGUUGACUCCUGAGUUAGAGAAGAUACAUAAUGUGUUUCAUGUAUCCAUGCUUAAGAAGUAUGUGCAUGAUCCCUCUCACGUAUUGGAGAAGCCACCUGUAGAGGUACGUGAGGAUUUGAACUACUCUGUUCAACCUAUCAAGGUCACCGAUAGAAAGGUGAAGAAACUGAGGAGCAAGGAAGUCCCAAUGGUUAAAGUCUUGUGGAAGAGCGAUCGGGUCGAAGAAGAGACAUGGGAAACAGAGGCUUUGAUGAGGAAGCAGUAUGCUUUCCUAUUCGAGUAGAGCUGUGAAUUUCGGGGACGAAAUUCCUGUUAAGGGGGGGUGAACUUGUGACACCGCACCCGAAUGUCCUUGGAAAUUUGAUUUGAAUAUUCAUAGCUUAUGUAUUGGAUUUCCGAUUCCCAAACAUUUUGUAAAACGAUCAAUGUUCUACGUAGUGCAUGGUUGGAUAUCGUACUGUUCAAACUCGUACAUUAGUGUCGGGUUUCGCAAAUACUUACUCGGGACUUAUUAAUAAAUAAAAAAGCCCAACAUUACCAAAAUAGUGAAAGAAUGAUUAAAGGAGAAUACAAAUGUCUAUAACCCCAUCUUUGGCAUUAUUGAGCUAAAUAAUGGGAGUAGGAUUUUCCUUCUAAAAUAUCCAUCAAGUAAAUUAUUGGGAUGAGCCUACACAUAUUGGAGAGCAAUAAUGUGAUUUAGGAAGUUGACUUGUUCUAAAUAAAUUAGGAUGAGUACAAGAAGACAUCUUUGACAAAGACAAAACAAUAGGACCCAUCUUCCCAUUUUUGGAAGUAUUGGUAGAUAUUUUGGACCCCAAAUUUAAUGGGAUCAAUUGGGAACCACUCCACAUGAUAUUAGUACCUGCAAAACAAAUAAAAAUGGGUUAGAAGACCUACCUUGGCCGUCCAUAAUGGAGGGGAGCUGCACAUGACUUGAUAGGAAUCAAAACUUGGGCCACCAUCCUUAUUUUCGCACAAAUUGGUGUGCUGUUUGUCUCCUCUCAUUAUAGAAGCUAUACUCGACCAAACAACGUGAAUAAUAUGUCCUUGGAUAGCCUUUGAAGUCUAUUAUCUCAAUUGAGUGGUCUUUGUUCGAGGAGAGAAGGCUUAUCUUACAAAAAUCGAGCUGGAACGAGCAGAGGUCUGUGAACUCGAGCUGUGAGAGUGCUGAGACUGUUUGGUCGAUAUCUCGAGUUUUACAAAUCCAAUUAAGGCGUGUGAGAUACCCACAGAAAGCUCUCAAGACGAGGAAUCCGUGAAGGUCUGGUUUGCAGGAAUCGGAGUUGUGGAAGGCUUCCAAAUCGUCCGAGAAAAACGCAACCUCGCAGGAGAGGAUUUAAUCCUCUAAAGAAUCGAGUUAGCCGGAAAACACCCGUUCUAGGGGCUGUUUUCGUAUCAACGAUUAAGGGUUGAACUAGCACUUUGAGGAGGCUGUUUAACACUCAUAUUUGAGCAAGGAAUCAGUUCCAAAUCCACCUUGACCAAAGCUUUGACCAUUGGACCAAGAAGGGAAAGUUUAAAGCUCAAUUGAGGUUGAGGCUAGAGCUUGCUUCCUGUGCUCGGUGCCCGAGUGAUUUCCCCGGAGAGAAGACUUGGUUCGUGCUUCCUCCAUUCUGUUUUAGAACGUUAAUAAACAUGCUCAUGAAUAUUUUACUUUAGAGCCUGCGUGCUCAUGUUUGCCCUGUGUGGCCCUUUUGUUUAAACAAUGUUUUCCGCUGCGUAUUCAAUUGUUUAUUAUGUAUGUUUAUGGAUGACUUA